CGGUCCCGCCCCUGCCAGCCCCGCCUCGCGCUACGCUUAGGGGAGGCGGAGCUUCGGAGGGAGACGCCAGGGUCUGUCCUCACCCUCUGACGACGCUCCCCAUGGCUGAAUCUGCUGGGCUGCCCUCGACCCGCCAAAAGUCUCGGUCCUCCCGCGCUUCACGAAAGCCUGCAGGAACUAAACAGACAAGUACCUUGAAACAAGAAGAUGCUUCUAAAAGGAAAGCAGAACUAGAAGAGACUCUGAGGAGGAAGAUUAAGUUUGAGAGAAAAGCUCUGCAUAUUGUUGAACAGCUUUUAGAAGAGAAUAUUACAGAAGAAUUCUUAAAAGAGUGUGGGAAGUUCAUCACACCUGCUCACUACAGCGAUGUUGUGGAUGAACGUUCUAUUAUCAAGCUCUGUGGUUAUCCCUUAUGUCACAACAAGCUAGGAAUUGUACCAAAACAGAAAUAUAAAAUUUCUACAAAAACCAACAAAGUCUAUGAUAUUACUGAAAGAAAGUGUUUUUGCAGCAAUUUUUGCUAUAAAGCAUCUAAGUAUUUUGAAGCACAAAUUCCUAAAUCUCCAGUAUGGGUUCGAGAAGAAGAAAGGCAUCCUGAUUUUCAGCUGCUGCAGGAAGGACAGAGUGGCCAUUCUGGAGAAGAAGUACAGUUAUGCAGUAAGGCCAUUAAAACUUCAGAUAUUGACAAUCCCGGCCAUUUUGAGAAACAGUAUGAAUCUAGUUCUUCUAGCACUCACAGUGAUAGUUGCAGUGAUAAUGAACAAGACUUUGUUUCCUCCAUUCUACCAGGAAACAGACCAAAUGCAACGGGUAUAAGGCCACAGCUGCACAAAAAAAGCAUCAUGAAAAAGAAAGCUGGUCAAAAAGCUAACUUCAAGCAAGAAGACAAAGAACAGACAGUAAUAGAUGUCACUGAGCAGUUAAGCAAUUGCAGAUUAGAUAACCAAGAGAAAGCUCCUGCUUGUGAACUUCCUUUACAGAAAGUCAAUACUCAGAUUCCUUCAAAUAGUCCUUUGCAAGAAAAAGUAGAAACUUCAGAAAUUUCUGAAAAUAAAUACAACAGUUCAGAAAUAACUCUAGUAGGCAUAAGUAAGAAAAGUGCUGAGCAUUUUAAGAGGAAAUUUGCCAAAUCAAACCAAGUUUCUAGGUCAGCUUCUAGUUCAGUGCAGGUGUGUCCUGAAGUUGCAAAGGCAAACUUACUUAGAGUUCUGAAGGAGACUUUGAUUGAGUGGAGGACCGAAGAAACUUUGAGGUUUUUGAAUGGCCAGAAUUAUGCUUCAGCCCCUCUGGUUAAAGAAGAACUUGAUGAAGAUGACAUAAACUCUGACCCAGAUAGUCAUUCUCCUGCCUUACAGGAAUCUCAGGACAGCUUGGAUGAGUCUUUGCCUUUUAGGGCCUCAGAUACAGCCAUUAAACCACUGCCAAGUUAUGAGAGCUUGAAAAAAGAAACUGAAACAUUAAACCUAAGGAUCAGAGAGUUUUAUAAAGGACGAUAUGUUUUAAAUGAAGAAACCACCAAAUCUCAAGACUCAGAAGAGCAUGAUCCCACCUUUCCACUGAUAGAUUCAAGUUCUCAGAACCAGAUUAGAAAAUGCAUCGUACUUGAAAAAUUGAGUAAAAUAUUGCCUGGACUUUUGGGACCUCUUCAGAUUCCAUUAGGAGAUAUUUACACACAACUUAAAAAUCUUGUCCGAACUUUCAGAUUAACAAAUAGAAAUAUUAUACACAAACCUGCAGAGUGGACAUUAAUUGCUGUGGUGUUGCUGUCAUUACUGACCCCAAUUCUUGGCAUUCAGAAGCAUUCUCGGGAAAAUACGGUGUUUACACAGUUUAUAGCCGCCCUGCUUGAAGAAUUACAUUUAGAGAAUGAAGACCUUGAAGAUUUAACCAUCAUAUUUAAAACCAACUGUUAACCAGAGAGGUAUAAUCCAUGAAGAAUGAGUAGAAAAUGAAUUUCUGUACACCAUUUCUGGAAUUCCAGCCACAGUGAUGGUCUGGUGGUGACUGGCAACUAGCUUUAUUCUGUGAAAAACCUCUACCUUCUUAGAUUUCAGCCCCUUGCCUCCCAGUUCCUAGCUGUACGAGUAACGUCCCAGAGAAGAACUAUUAUUCCACAAGGAUAAUGAAGUCCUUGCAUCCCUGGCUAUAAGACAUAGUAUUUUUAUUUGAAAAUGAAAAUUGAAGACUUAAAACUUAAAUGAAUAUUCAAGAAAAUAGGAUGGCCUUUUAUUUUUUCUGCAUGAUUCCAGUGCUUAUGUCACUUGACAAAAAAUUUGAGAGAAAUCCUAUUUUGGCCUCAUAGGCUAAACUCUAAAGAAUAUUAAAGAGGCCAAUAAAUGCUAUUGAAGAUGAAGCCCUUUGGAAGUCUAGUCAUUAUUCUUUUAAAGAAGCUGACUGUCGUGUAUUGUGUUUAACCACAAGUCCAAAACAGGAGCUUCCUAGAACUUUCUGGACUCAAGGAAAUUUUUUUGAAAAGAAGAACGUGUAGUAUGUUUUCAAGAGAGACAAUCUAGAAUUUACACUGCUUUUUCAACACAUACAUUGAAGCAUGCAAGUUAGCAGGGCCUCCAGGGUGGUUAUGGGGGCCUCAGACAAUUUGGGCAGCUUUAGUGCAGAGACAAAAACAAAACAAUCAGAGCUAUAUUCUUGGACGCUGGAAGAAUGACAGCUGCUAAAAAGCCCAGCCAUGGAAAGAGGCCAGAAAGCCUAGUACAGUGGGAAGCUCAACAAACAGGAAUCCACAAGCUCUACAAGGUCACAGGCUACAACAUCAAUGUACAAAAGUCAACUGUGGUUUUGUAUACUCGCAAGAGAAAAUCCAAAAAUGAAAUGAAAACAAUUUCAUCCACAAUUCCACCAAAAGAAUUAAAUACUUAAGAAUUAACAAAAGAAGUGUAAGACUUGAACAAUGAAAACUGUAAACAUUUAGAGAAAUAAAGAUAGAUAUUCCAUGUUCAUAAAUUUAAGUCAAUAUUGUUAAGAUGACAAUAUUGUUAAGAUGACAAUAUUGUUAAGAUUACAAUUUGUUCCCAAAUUGAUCUAUAUAGAUCACUGCAAACCCUGUCAAAACCCCAGCAAGCUUUUUUAAAAAAUUGGCAAGCUGAUCCUUAAAUUUCUAGAGAAAUGCAAAGGAUCCAGAAUAGCCAAAA